AGCCCCUCCCCGUUCUCCGUGGCCGCCAUGUUUAUGCCAGAGAGACGAUGACAGGAAGGAGAAGCUGGUGACUACUGCGCGGAAGGGCAGCCGGACGGAGAGAGCCGGUGAUUACAAAGAAGAGCCCUCGGUGACGGUUACCGGGAGGGAGGGGGGCUGCUGUGUGUUUAUAUGUGCGCAGUGCCAUCCCUCCGACCCCGCACAGAGGACCCACUUCUAUGUGUUCAGUGCCUACCAGGGGGCUCCGUGUCACCUCCUCACCCCCCUCACUAAUCACUUCACACCGGAGGAGGAGGGGGAAGGGCACACAGACAGCAGCACCGGAGGGAGCCCACACCAUACACCUUCCCCAACCGGGGCCCACACAUCAACUCUCCACACACAGCCCGGGGAUCUGGAUAUAAUACCCGAUACUGCGCCUCCACCACCGAUACUACUACCAGGACCUCAUCAUCAUCCUCCGGGCAUCAACAUGUCCAACUCUGUGCCAGUGGAUAUGAUUAAUUUACGCCUUAUCUUGGUAAGCGGCAAGACAAAAGAGUUUCUCUUUUCUCCAAAUGAUUCGGCGGCAGACAUCGCAAAACAUGUCUACGAUAACUGGCCUAUGGAUUGGGAAGAGGAGCAGGUCAGCAGUCCGUGUAUUCUCCGACUCAUUUAUCAAGGACGCUUCCUCCAUGGCAAUGUGACUUUAGGAGCAUUAAAACUUCCACUCGGCAAGACAACAGUGAUGCAUUUGGUUGCCAGAGAGACAUUGCCAGAGCCAAAUUCUCAAGGUCAAAGAAACCGCGAGAAGACUGGAGAGAGCAAUUGCUGUGUAAUUCUGUAAAUGACGUGUCUGCGACGUGUGUUGUAAUAUAGUCUUUGUCUUUCAUGCUGCUGGAAUAGAGGAGACCCAUUGCUUCAGAGAACCUUAGAACAACACCCUGUCAUCCUGUCUAAAGGACUGAUCACAUAAACUCUCAUAAAACUCUUCAUCAGAAGGGGCUAAGGAUGUUCUCAUACCAGAACUUUCUUUUUUGGUUUUCCUAUUUCCCUUCCCCUUCCACCCACAAAAUAACUUUGUAGUAUGUCUAGUAUCUCCAUAUUUGAAUCCACUCAGUCUCCAGGGGAAAAAAGUCGGUCUAUUCUCUUCUACAACAAUGAUCAUAAUCUUGCUGCAGCAUAACAAUACAAACCAGAAUCAAUGAUUUCAGGCUGCCCAUACGCAGAUUGCACUUGAGCCAGUCUUCAGCAUCUGAUAGCUGUAGCCAUAUUAAUACAACAACCUACAGGACGAGUAACACUGGAAAUCAAGGCUGUCAAAUCAGACUGAAAUCUAAGUAUUAUUGGGAAGACUUCUACCUAACAUAUUUACUGCCCUUAGCGGCUCAUGGUAGUAUCAAGAGAGCGAUAAUAUGGUUUCUUUUCAAGGAACAAAGUUUAAAUGUGCCUGUAAACUGAAAGCACUCUGCAGGGGGCGCCGGAGUAAUGUCUAACGUACUAUCCUGUGCACUCUCUCUCUCGAGCAUUUUUUUGCAUGCGCACUUGUACCAUGCCUACGAGAGGAGUGCUUUUCCUAGCCUUAAUAUGGGAGGGUCAAGUAUCCUGUAGUCCAUAAGCCUUUAUUAAUGUGCAGAGAUAUUAGCAGAUGUCAUUUAUUAAUCAACUUUGUGUUUUAAUAUCCAACCGUGAUGUUUUCAGUGACAAAAAAAUGACUCAUCCGUAAUCUAGUGUUCAAUUUCAUGCUAAGAUAUUAAGAAGACAGUUUGCUACCAUAGUAACAGAACUUUGUUUUUAUUCCUUUACGUAACUGGCAUUCGUACUAGUGCUUGCAAGGGUAUUAAAAUUUUGACAGGACGAAAAAAUAUAAUUUAUCCAUUUCAUUCACAUAAUUUAAAGAUAUACUAUAUUGAAUUUGCACAGCACUAAAGCAUGGAGCUACGUUUCAUUUUAAACUGUAAAAAAAAUAAAAAUAAUAAUAAAUAUAUAAACGUUUUUAUAUUGUUUCCACUAGGGAGAAAAGUCUUCCUGGUUGAAAUUACAAAUAUGUGUAGAAUAUAUUUAAUAAAAAAAUAUAUAAAAUGCAUUAUUAUAGAAUCUAACAAUAGAUCGGCAUAGUGUAAUAGAUCAAUAUACCUAUAAACGCUUUUGCCUAUGGAACAUGUAAAGUCACAGGUUGACCAAGCGUUCUGAAUACAGUACUGGAUGAAGGUGUCAAAAAGUUAAUCAUGUUCCAUGUAUUUUUUUUCUUUUCCCGACAGUCUGCAUCUUUUUAUCGUAAUCAAUUUUUUUAUUUUUUUGGUCAUUAUGAUAGCUUUGACAAAAUGCUUUGUAUGCAUUCGGUCGUAUUGUUCAUACUGAUCUGACCUUAAAUUUGUAAAGAGCAGUUUAAAAAAAGAAAACGUGAAGAUAACAAUUUGUAAAUAGCACUAAGGAAAAUUUCUUUCUUCAAACUGUACUGAUAUAGAUUCUUCUGUAACUAAAUAAAAUAAUAUUGUAGUGCAUUUUUGUUGGUUGUCUGGUGGUUCUAAUUGGGACUGUAUUUGCUUUGAUUAUUUUUUUAUAUAUAUAUAAAACUGGAAAAAAAAUCAGUUGAAAAUUUAAAUCAAUGCAAUUUUUUUCUUUUUUGUUUCUGCAAAUUAAUCCCGCUGAUUACUUUUGUAAUCCCAUUGAUAGUGAAUUGUUAUGAGAUUUUUCCUGUAUAGCUACAGUAUAUAAUAAAAUAAAUUGUCACAAUCUU